CGUUUUGGUCGGAGAGGUUGUCUGUCUUUUUGAUUUCUUAGACUACAGUACUUCGCGUAUAGGGACUGAAGAGUUAACCUUACUACCCGUGUGUCUGUCAGCUGACUGAAAGAGCGUGUCAGACAUUGAUCUUAGCUCAGCCUGAGCGUUGCUGGGACUUCCUAAAAAAAAAGGAAAGAAUGGCUGCCAACACCGUCUGUGCUCCCUCUUCCUGUGACUGCUUUGUUGCUCUCCCACCUGCCACUGAGAGAAAAGAGGUGAUUUUUGGGAAGAACUCUGACAGACCACGGGAUGAGGUUCAGGAAGUGGUUUACUUUCCUGCAACUGUGCAUGCACCAGGCUCUAAGGCGGAGUGCACAUACAUUGAAAUCGAGCAGAUUGAAAAAACGCAUGCAGUGAUUCUGAGCCGGCCAGCCUGGUUAUGGGGAGCAGAAAUGGGAGCCAACAAUCAUGGUGUUUGCAUUGGCAAUGAGGCCGUGUGGACCAAAGAGCCUAUCAGUGAGAAGGAAGCGCUGCUCGGAAUGGACCUUGUCAGGCUUGGACUGGAGAGAGGUUCCACUGCCAAGGAGGCUCUAGAUGUUAUUACUUCUCUUUUGGAGCAAUAUGGCCAGGGUGGGAACUGCAAGGAAGCUCCAGAAGCAUUCAGCUACCAUAACACAUUUCUGAUUGUGGACAGAAAAGAGGCUUGGGUACUGGAAACAUCUGGGAAACACUGGGCAGCUCAGCAAAUUACAGAAGGUGCAAAAAAUAUUUCCAAUCAGCUGACCAUCACCACAGAGAUCAGCAUCGAGCACCCUGACCUCCGAAACUAUGCCCAGAGUCAGGGUUGGUGGAGCGGUGACGGUGAGUUCAACUUCUCCCAGAUUUUCUCCCUGACUAACCCACCGGUGAGAAUGGAGGCUGCAAAGGUUCGUUACUGUGGAGGCAAGGAGCUGCUUCGUAAGCAACAAGGUAGCAUCCAAGCUGAGACAAUCAUGGACAUCCUACGUGAUAAGGAAAGUGGAAUCUGCAUGGAGUCUGGGGCCUUCUGUACCACGGCCAGUAUGGUGUCCAUUCUACCCCAGGAUGACUGUUCACCCUGCGUGCAUUUCUUUACAGCGACUCCUGACCCUUCGAGAUCUGUCUUCAAGCCCUUCAUCUUUAUUGAUGAUGUAAUGCCAGUCCCUAUGGUGAUUUCUCCGAGCUAUGGCGACGAUGAUCCUGUCAGGAAACAGCCUCGGUUCCAGACCAAACGGGACCGCAGGCAUGAACUGUAUAAGGCACAUCAACAGGCCAGAGCUACAAUGGAGAGUGGACAGGAGCAAGGUGUAAAGUUGCACCAGACUAUGCAGAACAUCGAGAGACAGGGACUGAAAGCUAUCAAGAAUUUAUUGACUAGUGGAGGGACUUUUGACCCAGAAGAAAUGGCAGAUUUGUUCUUUGACUGUGUUGACACGGAGAUCAAAUUUUACAAAUAAAUCGUCAAGUAUGACACUUCUGCAAA